AACAAUUCACCACACUAGAUCUGCCGGUGUUAGCCAACACUUGAGUCAAAAAAAAGAAAAAGAAAACAACUUUAAACGCUGUUUGGGGUUUACAAUAAUAUUUCCUCGAAUUGUGGCCAAAUUAAAUUACUCGCAUAAUGGGGCGCCGCUCCAUAAACACCACCAAGAGUGGCAAAUACAUGAAUCCCACGGACCAGGCGCGCAAGGAGGCCCGCAAGAAGGAGCUCAAGAAGAACAAGCGGCAGCGCCAGAUGGUCCGCGCGGCGGUCCUUAAGAACAAGGAUCCCUCACAAAUCCUCGAGGAGAUGGAGAAAAUCGAUGAGAUGGAGUACAACGUGCUGCAACCCUCGCCGCUCAACGAGAAGGUUUUGCGGGAUAAGCGGAAAAAGCUGAAGGAGACCUUCGACCGCGUAAUGCGGCUCUACCACAACGACGAGCCCGAGCACUGGGCGGACCUGAAGCGCAAGGAGGUGGAGUACGAGAAGAAGCGGCUGAAAAAGCAGCAGUACUACGAGAGCGUCAAGCACGCCCAGAGCGUCCAGGUCGAUGAGAUUCCCCUGCCCGCGCCCGUUAACGCUACCGCGCCGGCUGGCACUGCCGCUGUCCCAGGUGCUGCCGGCGGUGCUGGUGGUCAUGGCGUCCUUAGCGGAUUUGGUGCAGUCGGUGGUAUACGCGUUCCCCCACCGCCCAUGACCAUGGCCCUGCCACCGUACGCACCUGGUGCCCCGCCAGGUGUGGCCAAGAUCAGCGACACUGCUGGUAGUGAAUCGGCGCAGGCCGAGAAAUCGAAAGACGAUGAGGAAAAAGACUGGCUGGGCGUACCGCCGGGACCACCGCCGGAUCUAUUCGCCAUGUCCGAGCUCGACUCAAAUGCCGAGGGCAAUUCGGACUACGAUGGCGAAGCUGAGGAGAACGAAUCCGAGCAGGAGUCGCCACAGACCAAGGCCAAAGAUAAGGCAGACAGAGAGAGGGAGACGGCGGAGCCCAGCAGUCAGAAUAUCGACGACUUCAUGAAGGAAAUGGAGCACGUACAUAAGCGCAAGCAUCGCAAGCUGGCGGCGGACAAGGGGGAUGCGGAUAAGCAGCGGAACGAGGACGAGGACGAAGACGACGACGAGGACUCGCCGAAGCGACAGGAACGAGGCUCCAGCUCGGACAGAAGAUCGAUGACCAGCAGCGAUAGCGACGACGAUGGGCAUCCAGAUAAGGAUGAGGACAUGCCCGAGCUGCCUGCAGCGAAGCCUCCCCCAGCGAAACCCUUUGCCACAGUCCCAGCCCCUGCUCCGCCGGCUGCACCCACACUGCCGGCAAUUCCACUGCCACCUCCGUCUUCGGUACCAGCGCCACCGCAGCUUCCGCAUUUACCACCAAUUCACAAUAUCGGACCACCGGGCAUGAUGUACCGGCCGCCGCCUAUGCGACCGCCCCAUGCUGGUUCCAGCUUUGGACUGCGCAUGCCUCCUGGCCCACCACCACCAGGAGCACGACCACCGCAUGCCCUCGGACCCAUGCCUCGCAUGGGCAUCCGGAUGCCGCCGGGACCGCCGCCGGGCCUACCGCCGCGCCUUGCCCACCACAAGCAGGUGGGCGGUAGCGGUGGCGGUGGUCCACCCAAGGACUCCGCCAAGGGUGUGACCACCAUCACAGCAAAGCCGCAAAUCAGGAAUCUGAGUGCCGAUGUCACCCGCUUUGUCCCGUCAACGUUGCGCGUGAAGCGCGAGGAUCAGCGGCGAACGGCGGCUAGGCCUCGUCAUGCGGCAGGCGAUGCCAGCCACGCCCCCGCUGAAGCGCACAGCAAGCCGCCCACCAAGGAUGAUGCCUAUAUGCAGUUCAUGAACGAGAUGCAGGGCCUGCUGUAGCAUUCGGCGGCGAAGUCCUGCUGUAUAUGCUGUGUUUAGUGUAUGUCCUAGAUUAAAAAUUAGUCAACCAAAACUUA